AUGUCUAUCACCACUUCUACUAUAAACGUUCGAGGAAACUUAUCCGCAUGUAAAGAUAUCCCAUAUAUCAAGUAUUUUGAGCUUUGCUUGUAUGAAAAUUGGUCUCUCCACCACUACGUCUCCCUAAUAAUUGAUAAUUAUAAGCUCGCUGAAAAGGACAGAGCACACCAAAAAGCUAGGAAAAGGCGGAGGGAACAGGACUAUUCAGCUAUAAUAAAUACCUCUGCAAAGAAGCAAUAUAUAGAAUCCUGCUUCUGUCCAAGUGUGGAUGUACCUUUGCAGGCCGAUGGAUCAGUAGAUAUUCUAGAAACUGUGAAGUCUACUGUGCAUGUAUUUGAUCAAAAAAUAAUCACCCUUGGUUCUUCCCGCUCCUAUAAAAGUUCGAAUCAUUUGUUAGUAGAUUCUGAACAGAAUGUGGAAGUUCCUCGGGAGAGUCUAUACGAUGCUGAGAUGUAUAGAAUCUUAGUGAAUUGA